AACAAAUCCACGUUUCAGCCACACCUCUCUCUCUGGCUUUCUUUUCUUUGUCCGUUCUCUAGCUUUCUUGUGGUUCUCUAUCCCUCAGAUUCGAUUCUCCUUAUUUUUAUUUUUUUUUCACAAUUUACUUUCGCCGUCUUUUCUCAUAGCAUUAACCACAAACACACACCCCUGCCCCUUUCUUUCACUCGUUUCACCGUAGAUUCGAUACCUCUCAGUUCAGAUUCUCACAACUAACUCUGAAUAAAAGGUGUUGGAUUUUGUUCCUUUUUCACUCUGCAUUUCAUCUUCUUAUUCCUUGGGAGACAGCUUGAGCUCGGUAUGAUUCUGGCUUUGUCACAAAGUUUCUCUACUUCUCUUUUCUCAAUGUUAUUGGGAUGAAUAGCUUGUAAAGUAUGGGAGAUGUGGCUAAGGACCUUACAGCUGGGACUGUCGGAGGGGCAGCACAGUUGAUAUGUGGACACCCCUUUGACACCAUCAAGGUGAAGCUCCAAAGCCAGCCUGCUCCACUCCCUGGUCAGCCUCCCAAAUAUUCAGGCGCAUUUGAUGCUGUCAAGCAGACAUUAGCAGCUGAAGGUCCGAGGGGCUUAUACAAAGGUAUGGGUGCUCCACUUGCUACAGUAGCAGCCUUCAAUGCUGUCCUGUUUACAGUGAGGGGACAGAUGGAAACAAUAGUGAGGUCCCAUCCUGGUGCCCCCCUCACAGUGAAUCAACAGGUAGUUUGUGGAGCUGGAGCUGGAGUCGCUGUUUCCAUUCUUGCUUGCCCAACUGAAUUGAUCAAAUGCAGGUUGCAAGCACAAAGUGCCCUUGCUGGCUCUGAAACAGCUACUGUGGCUGUUAAGUAUGGAGGACCCAUGGAUGUGGCCAGGCACGUUCUCAGGUCUGAAGGGGGCAUGAGAGGUCUUUUGAAGGGCUUGGUUCCCACUAUGGGGCGUGAGAUACCUGGAAAUGCUAUAAUGUUUGGUGUAUAUGAAGCAUUAAAGCAAAGGUUUGCAGGAGGCACCGAUACUUCUGGCCUUAGUAGAGGUUCUCUGAUUAUUGCUGGAGGCUUGGCUGGAGCUUCCUUUUGGUUCGUUGUUUACCCAACUGAUGUUAUUAAGAGUGUGAUUCAAGUAGAUGAUUACAGAAACCCAAAGUUCUCUGGUUCAUUUGAUGCUUUCAGAAAGAUUAGAGCUUCAGAGGGGUUCAAAGGCUUGUAUAAGGGUUUUGGUCCUGCAAUGGCCCGAAGUGUUCCAGCAAAUGCUGCAUGCUUCUUGGCAUAUGAAGUGACAAGAUCAGCUCUGGAAUGAUCGAUUCUUAUAGCAGGCUUAAUAUCAAGUGCUCUUAUUUUUUAUUUUUUUCCUUUUGUUCCCACAACAUUUUUAUUCCAUCCGUUAGUAUAUAGCCACAAAAGCUCUUCUUGUGUUUAAUGCUUCAAUCAAGGAUUCAUUCUUUUAUAAGCAGUAAUAUAAACAUCCUUUAGUUUCAAA